AUGCUGCCCCUGUGGACUGGAGGCAAAACAACCCGGAAGUGACACUGUUUUUAGCAUUUAUUGACGCCAAGCUUGCGCUGUUAUGAAGAUUGUGUGAAGAAAGCUGCGCAUUUUUAUAUCAUAAUGGACCGCUAUCCCCAUCCCCACGCAUCCCGGGAUUCAGGCCCCAGCUGUCAACACCACAGAAGGAAAAGAGAACACAGCGGAUUUCCUGAAAGAAGCCAUCACCAGAAUAAACACUUUCAACCAAGCCACCAUGAGCAUCUUUCUGAAUCUGGCCAAAGUUACAAAAGCUAUGCAACCAGUCUUCAGACACUGAGCACAAAAAAGGAGUUAUAUGAGAAAGUCUUUCCCCUUUAUAAGCAGCCCAUAGAGGUUGGGUGCUUUUCCUUGGACUCAGAACGAAGGUUUUUUAAUGACAAAAGGCAGCUGAGGUUUUACACAGACCCAGGCUUAAAUCCCUCCUUUGAUCUCCGAGAUGGAUUCAAAGACCGCUACGUAAAGAGAGAUGAAAAUGUGAAAGAGAAGUUAGACCAUAUAUUGAGGUGGAUAAUUUCUAAUAAAGCCAAAGUCACAUCUAAGGACAUAUCAAAUCAUGCUCUGGAUGCAGAUGUUGUGACUUGGCGUGGUCAUCUAACCAAACUACUCACUACACCAUAUGAGAGCCGGGAAGGCUGGAUGUUUGCUGUGAGCAAGUUCAGGGGUACAGUUUACAUCAGUGAAGUAGAGACCGAGGCGGCUCGCAGGGACCGUGAGAAUCGCACUGAGAGGCAUAGUGAAAUGAUGUACUGGGGAUACAAAUUUGAGCAGUACAUGUGUGCAGAUGACAUCGACUGUUCCCCUGACCCCAGUGGAGUGGUUAACACUAAUGAAGCAUUUUGUACAGUGGUGCAGACUCGGCUUGCGGAUCACAGACUGCUGUUCUCUGGUGAGGUGGACUGCAGAGUUCGAGACCUUGAAGCUCCAGGUCCGCCUGCCUGCUACGUUGAACUCAAAACUUCAGUUGAAAUCUGCACUCCCAAACAGCGCAGCAACUUCCACAGGUUCAAGUUAUUAAAGUGGUGGGCGCAGUCUUUUCUGCCUGGAGUGCCUCAAGUUGUAGCAGGCUUUCGAGAUCAUGAUGGGGUUGUCAUUAAAGUAGAGACUUUCCAGAUUUCAAAAAUUUCACAACUGAUUAAGGGUGAAUAUAACUGCUGGAAGCCUACAGUCUGCAUGAACUUCUGCAAUGACUUUCUGACUUUUGUCAAACAAGUGGUCUCUGAGGACAAUCCAAGUGUUGUGUACUUGUUCUCCUGGGAACCACACAGAGAUGUUGCCUACACUAUUCACAGAGACUCUCAGUAUUGCUUCCUGCCAGAGUGGUAUGUAGAGGAGAUAAAACGAACACAAACAUAGUCCGCUACUACUGAUAUUUGUGUUCUGUGAAAACAGACUGUUUUCCCAAUGUGAUUAUAUUUGCAACAUUUUACAGCUUUUUUAUGGAAAAGACCAUUGUUUUAAAUAAAACACAAAACAUGUUUUGUUAAUUCACAAUUUAUGUUGUAAAAAAACAACUUGUUAAUCUCAGGGUUCUAAAAACUCAAUGUAAUUUACAGUACUUAAAUGAAUGUUUUGUGACAUGACAAGUGCUUCUAGUGAGGUUGAUAUUAUGCCAUUAAGUAUUACAUUUUUCAAUGACACAUACUUUACAGUGUUAAAAUAAUUCUUGUAAAAUGUGAUAAU